GUGAUGCGGGUAACGACGAUUAAUAAUUAGAAUACACAAAAAUACUUUAAUUUUAUUAGAAAGAUACAAAAUGAGACAAGUAGUUUUAAGACUGUACAAAGAUUUGUUGCGGUACGGUGAAAAUUUGAAAUAUACAGAUAAAAGAUAUUUCCGAACUCGAAUUCGUAACAGUUUUAGAGGGAAUAAAGAGUUGACUGACCAGGCACAGAUUGAUUUCCAGUUGAAGAAGGGACAGGAGCUUUUGUGCAAUCAACGGGUUGUUUAACUAACUGAGUAUUAACAAAAGUGGAUAUGUAAUUAUAUAUGUA